AUGGAGACGGCGACUCCCCCAGAGGUUGCGGACGUGAAGCUCGAGGACCAGGAGCGCAAUGAUGCGGCCGGUCCGACGUUCGGCGUUGAUGAGAAGAAGCUUGUGGCCAAAUUAGACAGGCAUUUGAUACCCAUGGUCAUGCUUCUGUAUACCUUCAGUUUCCUGGAUCGUGUCAACAUUGGUAAUGCACGGCUUUACAACUUGUCAGAGGACCUAGGCUUGGUGGGAAACCAAUAUCAGAUUGCUGUCUCUAUCCUCUUCGUCACAUAUCUCCUAUUUGAAGUGCCGAGCAAUCUGGUACUGAAGCGCUUUACACCAUCGCGAUGGAUAGCCUUCAUUGCCACGGCGUGGGGUAUAGUCGCGACCCUUACCGGUCUGGUAAAUAGUUUUGGAUCGCUGAUAGCUUGUCGCCUGAUCCUCGGCGCGCUGGAAGCUGGGCUGUUUCCCGGGCUUAACGUCUACUUGACCUUUUUCUACACGAAACGAGAGCUGGCCCUGCGAGUGGGAUACCUCUUCGUUAGUGCGGCCAUUGCGGGAUCGCUUGGAGGUCUGCUUGCGUACGGCAUCGGCCACAUGCAGGGAAUUGCAGGCUUCAGCGGAUGGAGAUGGAUUAUGAUCAUUGAAGGGCUGCCGGCUUUCAUUCUUGGUAUUUUGACGUGGUUCUUACUGCCGAACGACCCUGAAAGUGCUUACUUCUUGAACGACAACGAGAAGAAGCUGAUGAUUGCCCGGGCGCGAAGAGGCUAUGGCGACACUGAAUCCGCUCAGCAGUUUAGUAAGAAGGACAUGAUGAAGGCAUUCAAAGAUUGGAAGGUGUGGGCCUUUUGCGCUGGACAGUUCGGAAUGGACACAAUGCUUUAUGGAUACUCGACCUUUUUGCCAACCAUUAUCAAUGGUAUUGGCAAAUGGACAUCGGCAGAGGUUCAGCUGCUAACAAUUCCUUGCUACUUCUUGGGGGCCGUUACAUAUAUGGCUGUUGCGUAUCUAUCGGAUCAUACGGGGAAGCGAGGCAUCUUCUGCGUUAUUUUCGGGUUGAUCAGUGUCGUUGGUUACGGUGUGCUUAUAUCCGAUUCUACUGCCGGGGUACAUUACUUUGGAUGCUUUUUGGUGGCAAUGGGUCUAUAUGUUGCUGUCGGUCUACCUUUGGCUUGGUUACCAAACAAUACACCACGCUAUGGCAAACGCACAACUGCAAAUGGCAUGCAGUUAACCAUAGGCAACUCUUCUGGCAUCAUGACUCCCUUCAUUUACCUCACCGCCGAAGGCCCAAGAUAUAUCAGGGGCAAUGCUGUCUCCCUGAGCAUGGUUGGCAUGGCUACUUGUAUCUAUGGUUUCAUGUUGUUCUGGUUUAGAAAGCAGAAUGCGAAGCGGGAUGCUGGGCACACUGACCCCAUCCAUGAAGGUCUAAGCGAGGAAGAGCUCACCGAGCUCGGCGAUGAAAGCCCCCACUACCGGUACACUUUCUGA